UAGUCACCGACACGUUUCUCUCUCCGCCUCAAUAAAUUUUUUUAUUAAAAAUAGAAAAACCGUUAAGCAAUUUCACUGUAUUAUUAUCCUCAACAGAAACCCUAGAGAUUUCAGUAUUAAGGGUUUUUAGUGCCUUUGUUAGAUAUUCUUACUUUUUUAGAUUUUGCGAUAAAUUGUAGAUAUGGAAAGUGGAGUUGCUAUUCAAGAGCCUCAAAAAGUCAUCGAUCUUAAGCAAAUUGAAGAUAACUCUACUACUGAAAAAGCAGUGUUUGAUGCAUCUCAAUAUGCAUUUUUUGGUAAAGAACUUGUUGAGGAAGUUGAGUUGGGCGGAUUAGAUGACGAGGAAGAAGAAGAGGAUUUGCCUGCUGAAUAUGAUGAGGAAGUGUUUCUCUUUGAUAAACAAGAGUUGAAUAAGGUUGACAGUGGAGCAAGGAGCACAAGAGUAUUUGAUGACAGAGGAUCCAGAGAAAAUUCGUCAGCUGCUGAAUGGACAAAGGGGGAGGAUCUUCCUAUUAACUGCUUUGAUCAGCGGCAGCUACUUGACCCUGAAAGCAACCAGGGCAGCCAAAGAUGGUCCUCACAGUAUUCCUCUUAUCACCUUUCAGAACUGAACCCUCUGCGCAGAACAUCUACAUACCCUGAGCAGCAGCAAAACCAGCAAAACUUCUCCAGUGAACCAAUUCUCGUGCCAAGGAUUUCUAACCCUUCAUAUUCUUCUCACGGUGGACAAUCUCCUCAGGUUUCACCAAAUCAUAGUCAUUUAAAUAUUCCAUACCUUGGUGGUAGUCCCCAAAUGGCAAUACCUUCACCAAACAUGUCUGCCUUUUCUAGUCAUCUUCAAUUUGCAGGCUUGCAGCAUGGAUCACCGCAUUAUGGUGGAAACUUGUCACAAUUUUCUACUGGUCUAUCUGCAAUUAGUAAGCCACCAAACCAAUGGGUUACCCCUAUGGGCAUUUAUCCUGGAGGUCAUCCCAACAACUUGAAUGAUAUGUUGCAGCCACAGCUACCUCAUCAAAAUGGUUUAGUGCCUCCAAAGUUGAUGUCACAGCAGAAUAGGCGGCAGCAUAUGGUUCAGCCAUCAUCGAGCAAUUUAUCAAGCAUGCAGUCGCAGCUAUUUAAUCCUCAACUUUCUGCAUCCCCACCUGUGAUAAGCAAGUAUGAGUAUGGCCCAGUGCUUGGUCUGGGUGAUAUUAGAGAUCAGAGAACGAAACCAUCCCCAAGAGUAGGACAAAAUCUGCAUUAUUCUCAACAGGGUUAUGAUACCAAUAAAAUUGACUUUGUCUGGCCUUGGUUCAAAUCCAAGUACAUGACAACUGAUGAAAUUGAGGGUAUUAUCAGAAUGCAGCUAGCUGCAACCCACAGUGACGACCCCUACGUGGAUGAUUAUUAUAACCAGGGCUGUCUUGCAAAAAAAUCAGCUGGUGCAAAGCUAAAACAUCAUUUCUGCCCCACUCACUUGAGGGAUCUUCCUUCUCGAGCUCGUGCUAACAUAGAACCGCAUGCUUUUCUCCAGGUUGAUGCUCUUGGGAGGGUUCCCUUUUCUUCAAUUCGUAGACCUCGUCCGCUUCUUGAGGUUGACCCUCCAAACUCAUCCGUUAGUGGUGCCGCUGACCAGAAAGUUCCUGUGAAACCCCUAGACCAGGAGCCAAUGCUUGCUGCUAGAGUGACAAUUGAAGAUGGUCUUUGCCUUCUCCUUGAUGUGGAUGAUAUUGACCGUUUUCUAGAAUUCAAUCAGCUUCAAGAUGGUGGAGACCAAUUGAGACGCAGGAGGCAGGUCCUGUUGGAAGAACUGGGAGCAUCUCUACAGUUGGUUAACCCACUCGGCAAGAAUGGACAUAAAGUUGGACUUGCUCCAAAGCACGAACUUGUGUUCUUACGAUUAGUAUCUCUUCCCAAGGGUCAGAAGCUCCUUGCAAGGUACCUUCAGCUUCUUUUUACAGCUGGUGACCUAAUGCUGAUUGUCUGCAUGGCUAUUUUUCGUCAUUUGCGGUUUUUGUUUGGAAGUGUUCCCUCUGAUCUUCGAGCAGCAGAAGCUACAAAUGACCUUGCAAGGGCUGUAUCAUUAUGUGUCCAUCGCAUGGAUCUUGGUUCUCUCAGUGCUUGUCUUGCAGCUGUGGUUUGUUCCUUGGAGCAGCCCCCACUCCGUCCCCUGGGAAGCUCUGAUGGAAAUGAGGCUUCCCUCAUCUUAAUAUCCGUUCUUGAUAGAGCAACUGAACUGUUGAAGAGGUUUCAAGAUGGUAGCAACCAUAAUGUGACGAAUAAGGCGCCAUGGAAGGCCUCCUUUGAUGAGUUCUUUGGCCUAGUCUUAAACUAUUGCAUUAAUAAGUAUGAUGAAAUUAUGCAAUCUUCUCCGCUAGAUCCAGCUGAAGCAACCAAGCGGGAAUUACCUAUAGAGCUCUUGCGUGCUAGUGUCCCCCACACAAAUGACUACCAGAAAAAGAUGUUAUUUGAUCUUUCCCAGCGUUCUUUAGUUGGUCAUGGUAAAGGUAAUGCAGAUCGCAUGCAUAUUGAGUAGUAGCUCUCUCUGACUUGUAAGCUCUGGCGCAAUAACAACAUGUCUCAAAGUUUCCCCGAGCCAUUCUUGAUUCAUAUCAAAUGUCAUGUAAGUACAUCCUGCUGCAACCUUAUCCUUUCACGGUAAAAGUUAAGGCUUUCUUGCUUCAACAUUUCAGAUAAAGAAUCUGGACGCAAUACCAUUUCUCUGCUUUCUUGAGGCUUGGAGUUGCUUGUACCACCAGAGUCAUUUAACUGAUGAUUGAUAUAAUAACCGUCUAUUCUAGGAAGCAGGUAGAAAACUUGUUCCAAGUUGCAGGUCUGAACCCAGAGCGCUCCAUUGAAUUCCCAGGUGCUUCAUGAAUACAUCGGGCUGGUUACUACCUUUGAAUUUCUUGGUCCAUGUUCUUGAAUAUUGGCCACAACUUUGUGGAUGUUGUUGAACCACUGCUGCAAAAAGCAGAAGAAUUACUAUGUAACUUCACAGAGGGGGAGAACCCUCAUGGUAGCUGUCAAUUCUCCCGUUGCUUAGGGAAAAAAUUCCAGUUAAAAGAGAGUGCUUUUGAUGGAAGAAUGGCGUGAAAUUGAUUUGGGAGUUUCGGUACUCUGCUAUUGAUUUCCUCUCCAUGUGUGAAAGUUGCAUUGCAAAGACGUAGUUAACUCUUCUUAGUAGUAAAAGAACUUCGAGCCUAGUUUCUUUUCUUAAUAUGUAAAUUUCUAAUUCAAGUAUUUUCUUUUCUUUUUGGGUUAAUUAGUAAUUAUUGCUAAUAUACCAUUAGAUAUAAAUUCUCUGUGCCUCUA